UUCAUAUUUGGCAUUUUAAAGUAUUUCAGAUGUUGGUAAAUGUAAUCAAAUCGCGUUGCCGUGGAGUGGCGUCACUGCAUAUCGAAUGAAGGUCGCUCGCUCGGCUCGUUUCAUCGCUCGAUGUUUCAUUCGAUCGCCAUUUUGAAGAAGUGUUUCAACUCGUGAUACUUUUGAUUCGAUACACGGCUAUAAUCGUUUCGAUUCAAUUCAAUAUCUAUUUGAUUUUCGGCGGCAAACUGACUAUCAGUUUUAUAUCGAUUCAAUUAUGAAGAAAUGUUCGUCAGUGGUGUGGAAAUUUUUUGAGAGGCUUGAGGAAAACAAUAGAUGUGUUGCAGUGUUGUGUAAAUUAUGUGAAACUCAAUAUAAAUACUUUGGAAAUACGACGAACCUGAGGGCUCACUUGAUAAACAAGCACCCUAUACAGUGGGAAUUAUCGCACAAUGGAACAUUGGAUGAAUCGCAUUUCAAAAUAGAGGAUGAUGAUACAAAUCAAUCGUCGUCUACCCCUAAACGAAGGAAAUAUACGCCGAGGGCUCGCAAAGAUAAAAACGUACGUUAUUCAGUAUCAGUUAAUAAAGAAGAUACAGCCGGAUCGAGUGCUAUGCCUAAAAUUGAAAUACAACGGGUUGAUGUGUUAGAAAACACAGAUUCUGACAUAGAACAGGAAGAAGGUAAUGAGGCAACGUUAAACUUGGUGAGACAAAUGCAUGCCGGGAACACAGACGAAGAAUGGUUGGAGGAGGAUCCAUACCAGAUCACACACAUUGAGACUUAUGAGCCAAAAAGAAAGAAAAUGAAGUACAGGAAGAUAAAACGAGAAGUAGCCUCGCCAACAGGUCUACCUGGCUUCUAUGUUGCACCUAAAGCAGAAAAAACUGUUAUAUACGAAGACUCACCAAAAAAGGAUGAAUACUCUGUAUUCGGAGAGUAUGUAGCCAAUAAACUAAGGAAAUUUAAAACUCCUCGGACGAGGGGGAACUUGCAGCAGUUAAUUACAACUAUUCUAUGGCAAGCGGAGUAUGGGUUGUAUGAUAAUGCGGAUGCUGUGAAAAGGGUACUUAUGUACUCAAUUCAGUCUCCAGAGCCUGAGCCAGCAGCUUCGGUAGACUUUGAGACUCAAAUACAAGUACAAGAAGAAGUUGUUGAACACAGAGAAGACCCUAUCCAAAGUAAUGAGGUUGAUACAGAAGUAUAGUAAUGGUAUAUUUUAUUUAGGUUAAUUUUAUGGUUACAGAAUAUUAUAUUAAAGCUUCCUUCCAAAUUCUGGUUUUAUAUUCAUUUAUGUACUUACAUAAUAGUAAACUUGAUUCUUGAU